CUUCGUUAUCAUUUGUCACACAAUAGAGAGAUGGGGAAGCAACUUUGCGCAAUUCUGAUUCUUUGUUCAAUGGUGAUAUCCAUAACCGCGGUUCACGGCAUAACCGAAGAUCCGAUAUCGGUCGAAAAGUGGUUCGACAACCUAACCAAUUCAAAACAAAAGGUAACAAAGCUUGAAUUCUACUUCCAGGACAUGCGAGGUGGGAAGAACCCAACUUCCAUUCAGGUGGCUGGAGCCAACACCACCAAUACCUCACCCACUCUCUUCGGGGGAAUCAACAUGGUCGAUAAUCCAUUGACAGUAGGGCCUGAGCUCAGUUCCAAGCAGUUGGGCCGAGCUCAGGGAAUCUACGGUGCAUCUUCAAUGGAGGAAAUGUGUCUUCUUACAUUGGUGAACUUGGCCUUCACGGAUGGAAAGUACAAUGGAAGCACUCUGGCUCUUCUCGGCCGCAACCCAAUACUUGAGGAGUACCGUGAGAUGUCCAUCGUCGGUGGUUCGGGUUUGUUUCGACUUGCACGAGGAAUUGCCACUGCCAAGACUUAUUCCAUCAAUGCUACCUCAGGUUAUGGUGUUGUACACUACCAUGUUAUGGCUAUUCAUUAUUAAUAAGGUUGUCUUUGAAGGGUUUCGUUGUUUUUAUUUUGAAAUGUGCUUCUUGCAAAUAAUUUUAAUGUCUUUUUCACAGAGAGAGAGAGAGAGAGAGACAGGGAUGUUCCCACACAUGUGGUUCUCUCAACCCUUAUGUGUCUUCUAUAUGUUAUGUUUCCUUGAAAAUUCAUUCUGGUCUAGCCUUUGUUUGGAUAUAAAAUAAAAAAUAAAUCAAAUCAAAUCAAAUUAAGAGGU